ACUUACACGAGAUGCUGUAGCAUUUUUAGCAGAGAAGAAUAACAUAACCGUCGCAACAGAAGAAACGCUGGAUCUUAUCCCCGGGCCAACACAUCUGUCACAAUUUAAAACAGCUGUGACUACAAGCAGAGUUGUUGUCAUAUCUGUGCGCGGGGAAGUGUUUCGUGAGUUGAUGCUGUAUGCUUACGACAUGGGCCUCAUAAAUGGAGACUACAUAUUCAUAUGUAUAAACUACUACACGCAGAAGCGAGUCUACGGGGAUUUCUCAUGGCAACAGGGCAACCAUCGGGAUGCUGAUCUUCGGGAAGCUCUAACUGCCGUCUUCUGGUUUAAUUACUUUGAACCCCCGACUUCUGAAUACAAAUCAUUUCAAAG